AUGUGGCUUCUUCAUCCUUCUUUUCAGGACCUUGUAGCGAAUUGUUGGAGAAAUACUACUCCUGCUGGUUGCCCAAUGUACGUCACUCUGCAAAAGCUUAAAGCUUUGAAGCUAUGCCUCAAGCAUUGGAAUUACAGUGUCUUUGGGAAUGUUCAUAGAUUUUUGGAAGAAGCUCGAGCCAAGCUAGCUGAUAUUCAACAAACUAUUUCUUCAAAUGGGUUUUCUGAACAUCUUUUUGCAGCUGAAGUCGAGGCCAAAACAGCGGUGCUUGAUGCAACUCGGCGUCAAGAAGCAUUUUGGAGGGAUAGGGCCAAGGUUCAGUGGCUUACAGAUGGGGACAAAUGCACCUCUUUCUUUCAUGCCUAUGCUAGAAACAAGACCGCUAGAGCUCGCAUAAAUUGUCUUCAUGAUGGUCACUCUCUUCUAACUGACUUGGAAGACAUAUCCAAUCAUGUUGUAACCUUUUACCAAUCAUUAUAUGGCCCAGGUACGCCUCCUAGGGGAAUUGAUGAGAUAUGUAAUAUUAUUCCUAACUUAAUUACAGGUGAAGAAAAUGCUAUGCUUACAGCUAUGCCGUCUCCAGAAGAGAUUAAACGUACUGUUUUCUCCAUGAAUCCCUCCAGUUCCCCAGGUCCUGAUGGGUUUCCAGGUGCUUUCUAUCAUAAUUGUUGGGAUAUUGUUGGAGCAGAUGUUGUAGCUUUUGUGCAAUAUUUCUUUCAGCAUAACUGGUGGUACCCUAAUGCCAAUUCUAAUUUUAUUGUGCUUCUUCCAAAAGUUGAAGGUGCAAACUUAAUUUCCCAAUUUCGGCCAAUUGCCUUGGCGAAUUUUCUUUUCAAGAUUAUACAAAAAAUUUUGGCUGAUCGUCUGGGCCCUAUUGCCUCACGUAUUAUCUCAGCUAAUCAAUCUGCAUUUCUGCCGGGACGUCGUAUUUCUGAUUGUAUUGGCCUGGUCUCUGAGGGUUUCAAUUUAUUGGACAGGAAAACUAGAGGUGGUAAUGUGGGUAUAAAGGUUGAUAUUGCUAAAGCUUUUGAUACCCUAAAUUGGCAGUUCUUAUUUCAGGUUCUCCAUCACUUUGGUUUUUCGCCAGACUUCGUGAAUUAUGUCAAUACCAUCCUUAAUUCAGCAAGAUUGUCAGUUAUGAUUAAUGGUUCUCCAAAAGGUUAUUUCCCUUGUGCUAGAGGAGUAAGGCAAGGGGACCCUUUAUCCCCACUUUUAUUCUGUAUCGCUGAGGAGGCGUUGAGCAGAGGACUUUCCUCUCUGUUUGCUUCUCGGCGUGUGAAACCUAUAUCCCUUCCGCGAGGUUGCUCCCUCACUCAUGUCUUAUAUGCCGAUGACCUAUUUAUAUUUUGCCGCGGGGAUAUCUCUUCUCUCACUUGUCUGCAAUCUUUUUUAGAGAGUUAUGGUCAGGCUUCUGGGCAGCUAGUAAAUACAGAAAAGAGUACUUUUCAUUUGGGAGAUUCCUAUGCUCAUCGACGUAGGCCAAUACACCGUAUAUUGGGCUUUAAAUGUGGAAGUGCUCCAUUCACUUAUUUGGGUGUCCCAAUUUUCAAAGGUAAGCCUUGUCGGUUACAUCUUCAACCUCUGGCAGAUAAAGCAAAAGCUCGCCUUGUGGGUUGGACUGGGAAACUUCUAUCUAUGGCUGGGCGUGUUCAAUUAGUUCAUGAUGUUUUUCAAAGUAUGCUUCUUCAUAGUUUCUCUACUUAUCUCUGGCCGUCAUCACUCAUUAAAUACUUAUCAACUUGUGCUCGCAAUUUCAUAUGGUCUGGGAACAUAGCCAUUAAAAAGCUUGUCACUGUUUCCUGGAAUCAAAUUUGUGCACCGAAGAAAGAAGCUGGGGUUGGUCUUCGACAUCUAAAAACUCUUAACUCUACAGCGCUUCUUACUAUGGGGUGGCGUGUUCUAACAGUUAAUUCUGCAUGGAGUAUUUUUGCCCGUCGCCGAUUCUCGAUCUUCCAUCAUAUGAAGAUUAGAUAUUUUGGUUCUUCAAUUUGGCAUGGGUUAAAAGUUUCUCUUUCCCUAUUGUUUCAAAAUUCAAAAUGGCUCAUUGGGGAUGGACAAUUAGUUCAAUUUUGGACUGAAAAAUGGCUUGAUAUACCCAUUGUUGAUAAGCUUCAUGCUACGACUUAUUCUGCUCAUUUGACAUCUACUAUUGCUUCCUUUAUCUCAAAUCAAAGUUGGGCUUUGCUGGCUCGAUUUUGUCAAGCCUUCCCAGAUUUGGCUAAAGAGAUCAUGCUAGUCCCCCUCCCUUUGGAACCUAUUAGUGAUUCUCUUGUUUGGGAGCAUUCUGGUAAUGGGACUCUUUCUUUUUCAUUUGCCUAUGAACAGUUACGACCAAAAUUUUUAUCGCCGACAUGGGUUUCUUCAGUGUGGCGUAACUAUAUUCCUCCACACUAUUCUUUGCUAGCUUGGCGCUUAUUCCAUCAUAAAUUGCCUACGGAUGAUCAACUUCAAAAGAGAGGUAUUCCUAUGGUGUCUGUUUGUCAGCUUUGUAAUUUUGGUUUUAUAGAGGAUCAGACUCAUCUCUUUUUCAAUUGCUCUUUUGCUCAACAUGUUUGGCAAUGGUUGACUUGCUGCUUUGGUUGUUCUUUGCCAUCCAGUGGCUCUUUGCUAGAUCUUUGGAAUGCUUUCACUCACAAGGCCUUCUCUACUCAAUUAAAAAAUCUUUGGCUUGCAGGAGGCUUGUAUGUAAUUAUGGCUAUUUGGAAGUCUCGUAAUAAGUUACGGUUUGAGAACAAAAAGCCGUCUCUUAUGCGUGUCUUCCGAUCUAUUAAAGCUUGGCUUCAAUUUGUUGCUCCUCAUACGCCUGGUGACACCAAUGGAGUCUUAGAUGCCCAAUUGCUUCUUGCAUUGGGUGUGACACCAACCGCUAAAACCCGAAAAGAAAAUCGGCUUGUUCUGUGGCACCCUCCUAUUUCUCCGUGGAUUAAGCUCAAUACUGAUGGUCUUGCUAAAGGAAAUCCAGGUCCUGCAGCUUGUGGGGGUGUUUUUCGGGAUUGUCAAGGUCGUUUCAUUGGAGGUUUUAGCACGACCCUUGGACAUCAUAAUGCUUUCUUUUCAGAGCUCAUGGCGGUAAUUAUUGGGGUUGAAUUGGCUUUUCAGCUAGGUUGGCAUUGUGUGUGGCUCGAAUGUGACUCUACUAGUGUGGUUGAAUGUUUCUCUAAACCAUCUUUUGUCCCCCCAUGGCAGUUGCGCAUCCCGUGGCUUAAUUGUGUGGCAAGAACUCGUGUAAUGUCUUUCUUUUCUUCUCAUGUUCUUCGAGAAGGGAACACUGUCGCUGAUAGGCUUGCUAAUCUGGGUUUGUCCUCACCAUCUUUGGUUUGGCACACUUCCCCUCCUGUUGAAAUUAUUCCAGUCACGUAUGGACUCUCUGGGUUUUCCUUACUUUCGUCAUGCUUAGCUGCUAUUUGCUACAGACGAGAUGCUCCAACCUGCAGCUCUUGGUUUUGA